CGAGCGACGUUUUUAUUGAAGUAUGACCUCUUACUACAUAAUUCAUGUUGGAUUCUAUCACAGAGGAAAAAACUUUUAACAAAUGCAGUUUUUUAAAUCGCUUGCAAUCAGUUCCGUAAUUCACCGCGUUUUCAAAUACAAUAGAUCGUUGAGUCCCGAAUACGGAUAUUUGCGGUUGAAGGAAAGAAAACCGUCAUUGUAUUUGUUGUCAUGGACUCAGACCCUUCCAUCGUUCGCCUCGAUAUAGGUGGCAGAAAAUUUACAACUAAAGUUGAUACAUUGACACUGCGAGAUCCAAAUUCAACAUUGGCUGCAAUGAUUAGUGGUCGACUUCCUUCACUCAGGGAUCCUCAAAGUGGGACUUUAUUGAUUGAUAGGGAUGGAACGCAUUUUCGGCAUAUAUUGAAUUGGUUGCGUGAUGGUGUGGUUCCCAUUCUUGAUACCAGUGGAUAUCAAGAGCUUCUGCGAGAGGCAGAAUACUAUCAACUACUUGGUUUAAUUGAGGAUAUAAAUAUUAUUUUGAAUAAAAAAAAGGAAGAUGAUGAGGGGAAACCUGAAAUGACACGUAAAGAAGUUAUUAAGUGCAUACAAUCAAAUCGAUUGAGGCUUCGGGGGACAAAACUUUCUGGACUGGACCUUUCUAAAUUGGAUUUGUCAGGUGUUGAUUUCAGCUAUGCAAGUCUUCAAAAUGUAUUUUUUUCUCGUACCAAUCUCCAGUCUGCCAAAUUUCGAGAUGCUGAGGCAGAUGGUUCCAACUUUCAUAAUGCUGUCUUGCGGGAGUGUGAAUUCACUGGUGCAACUCUUCAAGGAGCUUUGCUAGCUGGUGCCAAUUUGCAAAGUGCCAAUUUGCAAGAUGCUUGCUUAAUUUCUUGUAGCUUUUGUGAAGCUGACCUUCGUUCGGCACAUUUACAGGUUUAUAAUUUUGAACACCCUUUUCUUAGUUGCUUUUUUUUACCAUUUCUUUAA